AUGAGUGGAGAAACUAUCAAUCAAAAUAAUAAUCAAGGAAUAUUUCCAACUCAUCCAUAUUUUUCUGAGAAAUCUGUGAUUAAUAAAAUUAGUCUAGCUGACGAAAUCCAACUUUGUGUAGAUGAAUAUAUCCAAAUAGUGCAAUUUUGGCAAUUUAAUGUUGGAGGCACAAAUAACAUCGUAAAUGAAAGUUUGAAUCAAGAUUCAGGUGAGAAUCCAAAUAUUUUAAAAGAAUACUUAUUUUCCCUUUUGGAUUUACCUGGAAAUUUUCAAAAUGGAAACCCAUUUUUUGCAGAUGAUCUCUUUUCUCAAUCGUUGAAUUUGUAUAAGAGAAAACCACUUAUUUCGAAGAGAACGAUCAACAUUAACAACUUUGAGAACUCAACAAAUAAGAAUUUAGGCAAUGACGAAGAGACAACCAUGCUAGAGAAUAAAAACAAUUUUAAUGAAGAUAUCGAAGUUUUAGAAAGCGAAGAUGAAUCAGACUUUGAUUACGAAUAUAUGAGUCACAGUAAUAAUGAGGAUUACGACGAACUGGAAGAUAAUACUAAUGAUAACGAUGUUAUUUAA